AUGGACGCAGAAUUAUCUUGCAUGAGCUUUGCCGAAAUUUCACAAUCCAUCCAAACCACCCAACUCGAACUUGCCUACGAGCGCACCCUGAGAGACGCGGAUCGCAUCUACGAAGAAGAACGAGCACGAGGGAUGCGCGUACAGCUGCUGCUGCUGGAACACGAAAAUGAUGGGCUCCAAGAAGAGGCAGAGAGCGGCGAGGAUCAACAACACCAUUUGCGUGAAACCAAUGAGGAGUUACAAGGCCGUCUCGCCGAAGUCGAGGCAGACCUGCAACAAGCACAGAUGGAUCUCAAGGCGCGCCUACGCGAUCUAGAAUACUUAAGAACAGAAGUCAACGCUUUGAGUGCUGCGAGCAGUGACGCAAGCAAACUCCUUGCAGAGAAGCUAGCAUUGUCAAGAGAGUUAAACACUCUCAAACCGGAACUUGAGCACCUGAGAUCCCAAAGCUCGUCGUACCAGAAGCUGCUUUCCGAAAAGCUGGCUCUACAGCGGGAAUUAAGCUCCCUUCAAGUUGAACUCGAGACCGAGAAACGAGCAGUUCAACGACUGAAAUCACAGGAAAAGUCAUCCAAUCGUGAAGACUCGGAGCUAGCAGAAGAGAUCGACAGCUUGAGAAGGGAGCUUGCAAAAUUACAACGGGAUGCACAAAAAAACGAGCGCGAGAGCAGGAAGAGAACAACCGAAUGGGAGAACGAGAAGGAGGUUUUGGAAGGGAAACUGGAUGCUUUCCGCAACAAAGUCCGAUCUACAAAGGAACAACUCAAGGAUGCGCAAGAAGAAAUUGAGAGGUUGCAGGCAGCGCAGAUGGCGCAGUCUACUGAGAUGACCAAAGCAAGACUUAAUGGGGUAGCCACCACGGCCAAUGCUAGGAAGAGAAACGUUGCUAGGUUUGAUCCAGACAUGACCAUUGGCACGCCGGGAAAUGGCGGCCCUGCGGCGAAGAAACCUCGAAUUUCAGUCAAUGUCGGGGACAAAUCAAAUUUUUCCAUCACGCCGUUCCUGAACCGCACUCUGAGCAUCUUGCCGGAAACACCGCCUGAGGAGGAAGGUCAGCGGCAAAAGGAACAGAACACGAAUGUUACUGAACAGGUGGACGGGCUAGACGAGGACGAGGAUGUGGCACCCAAGGCCCAACCAGUGAGGAAAAAGCAGACCACCGCAAAAAGAUCAACUGCACCAGCAGUCAAGCGGAAAGGCGCCCAACCUCUUAAAGAAACCACCAAUUCAAAAGCAAACGGUAUAGUCAAAACUUCGCGACCUGACAAAAUCAUCGAAGAGGAGUCGGAUAUGGAAAGCGAUCAAGGAGUCAUAGUCGCUACUGAAGCCCAGAAGACAAGCAAAGAAGACACAGAGCGAACGCGGAAUGCCGACCCCACAGCUGAGGAGGCAACACAGUCAGAGCCACCUAGAAAACAAAAGGCAGCGACCAAACGAGCCAACAUCUUCGAUGAAGACAGUGCGCCCGCACCCAAGAUCAGGAGUCUGGCAGGUGGCCUUGCUGGGAAAGGGGGGGUAUUGGGGCGCAUCAAUCUUAAGGCAAAGGCUAUGGGCAAAGGGAAAACACUGGCUGAGUUCUCGCCUCUUAAGAGGGACCGGAGGGCUGUUAGUGUGAUCGAGUGA